AUGCCCCUUGAAGAAAUAGUCUACUUAAGUGUUGACUUACCAGAUAUCAGGACAUCCACUAUUACUCCUAAAAGAAAAUGUUUUGCGAAUGCUCCCGAAAUUAGUCCAGCCAAGUUUCACGAAAAAGGACCAACUAUAACCAAAGUUCUCGAAUCGUACGACAUCUCGGAAGUAUCAGGUGAUGACUACAAAAGGGAAGACCUAAAACAAGAGCAAGAUUUUAAGCUAAAUGCUAAAAUAGCACUAGAAAAGUUAUUUGACAGUUAUCUGGAAAUCCUAAUGACCUGA